UUCUGUUUGGUGUGGCGACGUGACAAUAAACCCUUAGCCAUAAGGGUAAAGUGAUUAUUUAUUUCGCCUGCCGACUUGUGGACAAUUUUUUACUAGACUUUUAUUAUAAUUAACAUUACAUAUAAAUUUAUAUUUAUUUAAAUAAUUAAUUAAAGCUCGCACUGUUUACACCCUGUCAUCGGUCUCGGAUAUAAGAUCUACCCCCGCGCGCGCACGCCGGCGUUUUAUUUUAUUCAACCGCGAUCAAGCCUCACUCGAUCGCCGGCGCUCGUUCUGACGACACACACUACGAUCUUGCUCCGAAUUUUUAAAUUUAUUUAUUUAUUUAACGACUGACUAUUUAAAUAAAUAAAUUAUUGUUCAAAUAUUUUAUAGCUAUUUUUUAUUUUUAAAUAUUGGACGAGGAUUUUGUGGUAAACGACACGAACCUUGACGACGAAGAUCUUGUUACUUAAGGAUGAUGUGGGAGAAUGCCGGGCGCUACCGGCCCGGAUUAAUUCUGUGGCUCCUGAUAAUUAUAUCCCAUUCAAUAGACUCCGCCCCGGUACACGAUGAUGAAUCCACACAAGUUGCGGAGUACGGAAGUACCACAGGGUGUUACUACAAUUUUCAAUACUACGAUGAAGGGGAGAGAAUAAUGACCAACGAGCCAUGUUUGAAUUGUACGUGUCACAAUCGAAUGCUCAUGUGUUAUCUCCGGGUCUGCCCAUUCACGAAAGCCAUCGGCCAGAAUUGUAAAGUCGAGAAACGAGCUGAUCAAUGCUGUCCGGUAAUAACUUGUCCAGAAGUACCUGUACAUUUAUUGACAUCGACGACAAGCGCGCCGACAUCUGAAAUCGAUCAGCAAUCAGAAACCGGAAUUGGUUUUCGCGAUAAUUAUGGGUGCACUGUCGACAGUAAAUUUUAUGCCGAUGGCGCCCAAAUGCCAGGAAAUCCCCACAAUCCAUGCGAGCUCUGUUACUGCAUACGAAAUCGCACGACGUGUCUUAUGCAGGAAUGCACACUUAAAGUUGUUGGUUGCAAACCUGUUUAUCAUCCAGGAAUAUGCUGUCCGGUCAAAUACAAUUGCGACUACGAGGAUAAUUUGUUGACAACAGUGGAACCAACUACUGGGUUAAUUAUGACGACAACCCCAGCACCGGCAGGUACUGACUCACCGCAAUGUUAUCACGAGGGAAAAUAUUAUCAAGACGGACAGCUUAUUUAUUCAAAGCAGCCUUGCCAGCAUUGCUACUGUUUCCAUCGUGAUAUUGCCUGUGUUGUACAGGACUGUGGUACUCCCAUGAAGAUGCACGGGAAGAAUUGUACUGCGCUGCCGCCACCGGAAGGCCAGUGUUGCCCGACCACGUACGAGUGCGAAGAUGAACCAGGAACAGAAGAAGCCCAGCAGACUUCGGAACUCGAUGAGAACUCAAUAGUCGCCACGCAAGCUACUUUACCGGUUGAUGAUCAGCAGACACAAGAAAAAGAAAAAUUCCCGGGAGCGAAUAACGAUAUCCCGGAAGAUGAUAAAGUUCACCAAGGGGUUACGGAUGAUAAUUUAUCAACGGUAAUGGAAUCAUCUACUAAGCAGUCUUCAGAGUUCCCGGAAAGUAAUGAGGUGCCUAAAGAAACACCUAAGGCUGAAAAUGAUGCGACUGAGAAACCGAUGGACGCUAUUACACAUGCAGAUGAAGUUACGGAAAUUACUCAAGACGGUAAGCCGACGGAAUUACCGGAGAUUGGACAUGAAGGUGAAAAAGUUGAAGAACAAAGUACCACUGCUGAAGAUGGAUUUAUGGGUUCGACUACAGAGAAAGCUUUGACUGGCGUACCAGCACGCAGCGAGGAUCAAAUACCUACCGAUGAAUCUUCAGAGAUCAAACCUGCUCAGGACACUACAAUUAUGCCAAUUACCGAAGACGAAAAGCCAGCUGACGUUACUACGCCGCUGCCUAAAGAAACGACCGAAGAAGAAAUAAUUGAACCGACUGAAACUGUAAUUACGAAAAUUGGUGAGGAUAAUGAGAUACCCAAAGUCGAAGAACCGAAGCCUGUGGAAACGACCGAGGCAGCUAUUAAAUUAACUGAAGAAACAAAAACACCAGAUGAGGAACCGGAUCAGAUGUCAGUUACGGAAUCGGAGGCUAAACCUGAGGAAGCGACGACAGAGGGGUCACUUGAAGUUACUGAGGUGACGCAAUCUGAAGAAAAACCUGAAGAAUCUCUUCCUACAACUGCCGCUGAUGAACAGACGUCAACUUCUGAAGACUCUCAUCAAGCCUUUAGUCCCACGGAACAUAGCGAUCUAGAUAAAACUGAAAUUCCAACUCAAGGGCCUCCUGGUAUUGAUGUUUCGACACGUAGACCUGUCACCAAAGCUGAAGAUAAGGACGCUGUAACGGAAGACUCUAGUGUACAGAUAACUGAGAGCCCUGGUGGUUUAGAAGGGUCUCUGGCCACUCAACCGGGUGAUAGUCUAAUUACUGACAAACCAGAAUCUUCAAUGGAUCACUCGACGGAAGCUGCUCCAGUUGAAACAUCGACGAGUGGCGAGACUCAUGAAACACCUAAAGAGGAAUCUGUUCCAGUUACUGAGAGCUCUGAAGCUGAGAAGAAACCAGAAGACAGCGAACAUAGCACUCCUGAGACGAUAGUAGAAGAAAAACCAGAAGAAAUGUCUACUGUUUCAUCUGCUGAAGAGAAACCGGACGAAGAGCCACCAACGAAAGGUCUAGAGGUCAGUGGAGAACAGAGUUCUGAGGAAACGAGUUCUGAAGUGCCAUCUAAGGGAGAGAAACCACAGGAGACCUCUUCGGAGGAAGAACAAGAAAAUAGUUCUGAAGUUUCGAUGGAAGAAUUCACUACUUUGCAACCGGUUACGGAAAAAUCUGAAGUCAGCACUAGUGCAAGCGAAGAACAAUCGACUGCUGGUUUGCCAGUAGAAGAGCCAACGCAGAAACCUGAAGAAGGAACCGGAGCUGAGAUGCCAACGGAGAAGACUGAAGAAGAAGCUACUGAAAAACCAGAGAUUCCAGCGGUAGAGAGUCAGACUCGACCUUCUGAUGAAUCUUCAAGUGAUUCUGGGGACCAAGUUACUUCAGCUACUGAACAAUCGCCAGUUUCAGUGACUGAGAAAGAAGUCAAGCCGGAUACCGAGGAAUCAAUUACUGCUGCUGUCAUUCCUUCGGAAGAACCAACUCAAGAACCUGCUGGUGAAGAAAAACCGGAAGAAAUGGCCACUCCAACUACUCAGGAGCCUGGUAUUGAAAGUACGGAGAAAGAAGCAGAAAAACCAUUGACUGAAGAAAAAGGUGAGGAACCAUCAGAUGAAUUUAAGCCAACGGAAUUGCCAGCUUCUACGGAACCAUCAGAUGCAAUUACUGAAGCUGCUACGUCGAAUGACAGUGAAGUUGAGCAACAAACGGAAGUACCCAGUGUGAAAGAGCCAUCGUCGACGGAACCUCCGACUGAAGAACAAGCUACUGAAGUAACUGCAUCAGAAGAAAUGACUGAGAAGCCUACGGGAGAAAAAGCUCAAGAAGGUGAUGAAGGCCAGCAAACUGAAGUCCCAGUUACUGCUCAGGAAGAAGUUACAAAGCCGGCUGCUGAAGAAAAAACUGAGAUUCCAAUUGUAACGAAAGAAUCUCCAGAAGCUUCUGAAACUCCAGUUCAAGAGUCCAGUACUCCGUCAGUCGAAACAUCUAGUCCAAAGGAAGAAUCAUCGACGCCAUCACAAGAAGCUAGUGAGGGUACGAUAAAACCAGAAAUUUCUGAGUCAACUGAAAAACCCGAAUUGCCUUCGGAAGCUGAUGAAAAGACUACGGAAGCUGAGUUAAAACCAACGGAACCUUCAGCUGAAGAACAAACUCCAGCAGUAACUGAAAAAUCUGGUGAACAAAGUACUGAACAAGAAGUCACAUCAACAGCUGUGACUGAAAAACAACCAAGUGCUGAAGAAACGACUGAAGGAGAAGAAAAAACUGAAGCUCCAGAAAGUAAACCUGAGGAAGGUGAAAAAGAACAAACUGUAGCUCCAGCGUCUGAAGAAAGUACUAAAGUUACAGAAGCUUCUGCAUCGCCAGAAAUUCCGGCGGUUACUGAAACUUCUGAAUCAGCAGAAGAACCAGCAGCUACAAAAGCUCCUGAAUCUGGAGAACAGUCCACGACAGCUGAGAUUUCAGAACCAACAGCAACGAAAGCUCCUGAGUCGAUCGAAGAAUUAGUAACAAAAGCUCCUGAAACUGUGGAAGUACCUGUGGUUACGAAUGCUCCUGAAUCAGUCGAAGAACCAGCAGCUACGACUUCCGAAUCUGUGGAAGAACUUGCAACCAAAGUUCCUGAAACGGUCGAAGAAUCCGCAGCAACCAAAGCUCCUGAACCUGCUGAAGAACCAACGGCAACUAAAGUUCCUACAAUGGCUCCUGAAUCUACGGAAGAACCUGCAACCAAAGUUCCUGAAACAGUCGAAGAAUCCACAGCAACCAAAGCUCCUGAACCUGCUGAGGAGCCAAUGGCAACCAAAGCUCCUGAACCAUUAGAAGAACCGGCAGCGACUACAGCACCUGAAUCAUCAGAACCUGCAGCGACUACAGCACCUGAAUCAUCAGAACCUGCAGGAACAAAAGCACCUGAAUCAUCAGAAAAACCUGAAUCUGCAGCAUCAGAAGAACCGGCAAUUAGUAAAACUCCUGAAUCAACGGAAGAACCUGCAACCAAAGUUCCUGAAUCAGUCGAAGAUUCCACCGCAACCAAAGCUCCUGAAUCUGCUGAACCAACAGCAACUCAAGUACCAGAAUCAGCAGAAACUACGGCAACAAAAGCACCAGAAUCAGCAGAAACUAUGACAACAAAAGCACCGGAAUCAGCAGAAGAAACAAUAGUGACAAAAGUUGCUGAACCUGCUGAAGAAUCUCCAGUGACGAAAGCACCUGAGUCAGUAGAAGAACCUGCAACAACAGAACCACCAACAAGUCAGUCUGAAGAUCAAAAACCAACUGAAGAAUCAGAAAAACCUGUUGAAUCAUCUCCAUCAGAUGUAGAACCAACGCAAGCUCCUGAAGCUGUCACUGAACCUACUGCUGAAGAGCAAUCUACUCAAACUAGUGAUGAUAAACACGAAGAGCCUAUUCCUGUGACUGUCCGAGUGACAGAAGAACCAACAGAGGCUCCAACUUCAACUUCGACUGAAAAAGAAACAGCCCCAGCUCACGAACCAACAGAAGCUCCUCCUGCCAUCGAAGAAAGCAGUCCUACGAUAGUUCCUGUGGCCGUUAGCGAACCGAGUACUGAAAGCCAUCCAGAAAGUAGUGAAUCGACAGAAGUACCAGAAAAAUCAACGACCGAAGACUCUGGUCCUCCUGGAAUUCCUGGUGAAGGCAGUUGUCUCGUUGACGGACAAACAUUUUCGAAUAACUCAGCAAUCCCACCAGUCAAUCCUUGCCAAUUGGGUUGCCGAUGUGUCAGCAGUAUCGUUCAGUGUGAUUUGGUUCAAUGUUCUCCUCCACCGAGCCAUAUGUCCAACUGCAUGCCUGUUCAUACUCCAGAAAAUGCUUGCUGUCCAAUGUACUCUUGUACUAAUGAAGCUUCAACGGAAACACUUCAAGUUGACAAUCAGAUGUCCGAAGAUCAUACUCCAGUUUACCAAGAACAAGAUACCAAGACUGAGUCAACAAGUCCUCAUGCUCCAGAAAGUCAGACCGAAGCUUCUGAAGAAACGAAACCUGAGCAAGAAGCUACUCCAGCUUCAGUACCUGAACAAUCUAGUACAACAGCUCAAGCUACAACUGAUGAAGAAUCUGUUGCUGUGAAUGUCGAAGAUGCUCAAGUUCCGGCUGAAACCGCUAAACCAAUAGAACCCAGUGGCGAUGAAAAGCCUCCAGUUCUUGUAAAAGAAAGUACUGAAGAACCUGAGAUUGCUCCUGUAUCACCAACAGAGGCACAGACUACUGAGUCUAUUGAUACUCGUGUGAAAGAAGAAGGAGAAGUUACAAAAGCUCCUGAGGAACUAGUAACUGUAGCAGCGACUGAACCUCCAACAGCAGAAAAAGAUGAAGGCGUAGAAAAGGAAAGUGAAGGAGCAGAAACUGAAAAAGGAGAUGAAGGAAAAGAGCCAACCGUUACUUCAAUUCCUACUGAGCAAGCGCCAACUAGUGCUCCAGAAGAGCCGACGAAAACCACGAUGAUUAAUACUCAGUCUGAAGAACCAGCUUCAACACAAGCUACAACUAUCCAUGAAGAACCAAGUAGUCCUGCUAUUGACAGCCAACCGUCAACAGAAUCACCUGCAAUUGAUAGUCAGCCUUCAACAGAACUACCCGCCAUAGAUAGUCAACCUUCAACAGAACUACCAGCCAUAGAUAGUCAGCCUUCAACAGAAUCACCUGCAAUAGAUAGCCAACCUUCAACAAAAUUACCUGCAAUAGAUAGCGAGCCUUCAACAGAAUUACCUUCCGUAGAUCAAGAACAAGUAACAGAGUCAGUGACGCAUCCAACUGAUGAAAAAUCUGAUGAAAUCACCACUAAGCCAGAAACAUCUCCAGCUGAAGAAUCUAGUGCGAUUACUAAUGCCGCUGAAUCGACAGAGAGUCCAGUUCAAGAGACAACUCAACCAUCUGAGUCUACACAAACAACUGCAGCUAGUGAAGUAACUCCAGAAGAAGUCGUGUCACCUACUGAAGCAUCGAAAGAGAUUUCAAAUGAAGUCCCAAGUGCUGAAGCCACUACAGCGGCCAGUGAAUCAGAUCAAACGACAAGUGAACCAGCUGAUAAAUCAACAGCUGCCCCAGAAACGCCAGCAGAAAAAGUAACCGAAGCUCCAGCUGAAGAAGAAAUCACUGAAACUCCAACUGUUCAUGAGGAUUCUACACCAGAGUCUGUGGAAACCAAGGAGCCAACAAGUACUGAGUCUUCUAUAAUCACUUCUUCAGAGUCAGUACCAGAACAAGAAGGCCAGUCAACUGAAGCUAGUCCAGAAGAACAAGAGAAAACAACUGAAUCAGCUGUUCCAAGUGAAACAUCUGCUCCUGCAGAGUCAACUGAAACUCCUGAAAUCAAAGCUCAAGAUCAAACUUCUCCGUCAGUUCAAGCAGAAACCACUGCAAUGCCAUUGGCGGAAGACGAACACAAAGAUUCCACCGUAGAGGAAGUGCCAUCUACCGUUUCAGUUGAAACUCAAACGGAAAAAACUUCAGAACCUGAACAGCCAGAAUCUCCCCAAACUGAAGCACCAACUUCUGAAGAGCCAUCGAGUACAGAAAGCGUCAAAGAAACUUCUGAAGAGCCAUCGAGUACAGAAAGCGUCAAAGAAACUUCUGAAGAGCCAUCUAGUACAGAAAGUGUCAAAGAAACUUCUGAAGAGCCAUCUAGUACAGAAAGUGUCAAAGAAACUUCUGAAGAGCCAUCUAGUACAGAAAGUGUCAAAGAAACAUCUGAAGAGCCAUCUAGUACAGAAAGUGUCAAAGAAACUUCUGAAGAGCCAUCUAGUACAGAAAGUGUCAAAGAAACUUCUGAAGAGCCAUCUAGUACAGAAAGUGUCAAAGAAACUUCUGAAGAGCCAUCUAGUACAGAAAGUGUCAAAGAAACUUCUGAAGAGUCAUCUAGUACAGAAAGUGUCAAAGAAACUUCACAAGGUUCAGAGUCCACGGAACCAUUAAUUGAUGCUUCAACAGAGUUGCCCAAAGCUUCUACUGAUCAAACUAAUGAAGUAACAUCACCAGAAGCUAUUGACACUACUGAAGCAGCACAAGAUGAAUCAUCAGGAUCAACUGAAAAACCCGCUGAGGAAGCAGUUCCUACUGAGAAGACUGACGCACCAGCAGUCAGUGAAGAAAUACCCGAAGACACGGUAUCUACGUCAUCUGCUGAUGCUACGACACCGAAAAGUGAAGAAAAGCCAGCGGUCGAUCAAGAAGUUCCAGUUAUUGUAACGUCAGAAGAACCUCAAGAAGAAGCUAAGAAACCUGAAGCAACGGAUGCCUCGACAGAAAGUCCUGAAUCAUCGACACCUGAACAAUCUUCAGAUAAAUCUCAGACGACGGACGCAGUAACCGAGAGCUCGAGCACGGAAUCUUUACCAGAAAUUACUGAAGGUGAUUUGAGUGUGCCCGUGGCAAUUAAUAAAACGGCGAUUCCGGAAGAAGAAACUGAAGAAGCGAAACCAACUGAACCUUCAGCUGAAGAGGGCGAGAAAGAAGUUACGAUAGACACGAAGAUUGGAUCAGAAACUCCAGAAGCUGAGAAAGAAGUUACUCAAGUAAUGGAACAGACUACGGCUUCUGUGUUGAAAGAUGAAGAGAAAGAAACUACAAUGAGUAGUGUUGAUUUGUCACCAACUGUUCCAGCUGUGACGGAAACUGUAGCUGCUGAAGAGCCUGCAUCUUCUACUGAGAUUUUGGAAGAAGAAAAGCCAGAAGUCAAGCCUGAAGAGAAACCGAUUGAAAGUGUGACGACAAAAGAACCUGAAAGUCCAGUUGAUGCAUCGGAAUCAACACCUUCGGUAGCUGUCACUAGUGCUCCAGAUACGGAAACUACGUCAAUUUCUUCUGAAGCUUCCACUGAAGCAGUUCCUGAAAUUAGUACUGAGUCUUCUGAAAAGAGACCAGACGAAAAAGCUGAAGCGACGACGAUUUCUGCGGGUCUUGAAGAAACUCCAGUAGAUCAGACUAAAUUAGACAAACCUGAAGAAGGAAAGCCUGUAGAACCUGAAGUUAACAUAAUGGAACAACCUGGAGUUAAGCCAGAAGAAAAACCUGAAGAAGAAUCUCAAACUAAGCCGGAUGAAAAUAAACCUGAAGAACAACCAGAACUAAAACCUGAAGAACAACCAGAACUUAAACCAGAAGAACAACCUACGGAAGAUAAACUUGCAGAGCAACCCGAAGUAAAACCUGAAGUCAAGCCUGAGGAAGAAACACCUGAAGUCAAGCCUGACGAUGAGAAACCUGUAGAAGAACCUGCAGUCAGGCCUGACGAUGAGAAACCGGUAGAAGAACCUGAAGUCAAGCCAGAAGAUGAAAAACCUACGGAAGAAUCUGAAUCUAAGCCUGAAGAAGGAACACCCGUUGAACAACCUGCAGUCAAACCUGAAGAAGAGAAACCCGAAGAAGAAAAACCUGAAGAUAAGAAACCCGAAAGUGAGUCUGAAGAAGAAAAGCCGACAGAGCAACCUGUAGUCAAACCUGAAGAAAAGCCGACAGAGCAACCUGAAGAAGAAAAACCUACAGAUCAACCUGCAGUGAAACCUGAAGACAAGCCUGCAGAGCGACCUGCAGUUGAACCUGAAGAAGAAAGGCCUGCAGAGCAACCUGCAGUUAAACCUGAAGAAGAAAAACCUGCAGAACAACCAGAAGAUGAGAAGCCUGAAAGUAAACCUGAAGAACAACCUGAGAUUAAACCCGAAGAAGAAAAACCUGUAGAAGGACAUGAAGAUAAACCAAUAGAAAAAGAAUCUGAAGUUAAACCAGAAGAACAAAUACCAGUCGAACAACAUGAAGAAAAACCAGAAGAACACAAACCAGAUUUAAUUGGCCAAAUACCAACUGGUCAAGAAACUGAAGAAGAAAUUCCCCAACAACACAUUCCUGUUGAGUCGUAUCUCCCAGGUCAACCCGAAACCGUUGAUCAACAAACUGUCGGUCCGAUCGAACACGACGUUCUCCAACAUCACACAACAGAACCCAGCAGGUAUACCCCAAGCCCAGAACCAGAUCACUCGUCUUCCAGUACACUAGCGCCCCAAUCUCCCGAGUAUCCCGACCAAACCGUAACCGGCGAAGACAAUCCUCACUUCCCAGUCAACGCCGGAAGCUAUCUCAACCCCGACGAAGAAGACUACGACGAAGACGACCAAGCAGUCUACGGACCCGGAACCUGUCGUUACGGUGGCAAAGUCUACGUCUCAGCCCAACAAAUACCACGAGACGAUCCAUGUGACUUCUGCUUCUGCUUCCGCAGCGACAUAAUCUGUCUUCAGCAGAGCUGUCCACCUCCAAUACCCGGCUGCCACGAGGAGCCCAUCAGCGGCUUCUGUUGUCCGCGAUACGAGUGCCACGUCUCCAUGGCGACUUCCCUCAACAUCACAACGACCACAACAACAACAACAACAACUCUGCCGCCUCAUUUCUCACCACAUGCUUACAAGGGUGCAGCCAAACGAAGCGGAUGUUUAAUCAAAGGACAGGCGUAUCGCGUCGGUGAUGUCAUCAGAUCCUCAUCCGGACCUUGCCUCCACUGCACUUGCGGAAGUGACGGAAACAUGGAAUGUAAUCCGAAAAACUGCACUCCAGAACCAAUGAUCAGAAGAAUGAUCGCAACUUCCACUGCCAAGAGACGACGAAGAUGAGCUAAUUCAUCAGCUCAAGUUCGAUAAUUAAUCCAAUAUAAUUAAUGAAAAAAAAUAAAUAAAUAAUAUUAAUAAUAAUAAUUAAAAUUAACUACCGAGAGGAAGAUUAUCGUGUGUGAAUUGAGUGUUGUAUAAAAGUGAAUCCGAGCGAAAAAAAGAAAUUAAUUGAUUAAUUAUUAAUAACUAAUUCUCAAUAUCACAAUAUCGUCGCGAAACACAGACAGUAUCGUGCACCGACGGUAUCAUAAACUGAGUGGCCAAAAUGUAAACAUUUACUUUAUAUAUAUAUAUUAUAUAUAUACAUAUUAAUAAUAAUAAAUAUUAUUAUUAUGAUUAUGGUAAUAAUAAGUAAGGGAAGAAAUACGAAAAAAAAUAAUAAUAAAGACAGCGAUUAGGUGAGAGGCGAUCGUGGUGCCAAAACGACGAUAAAUGACGGCAAUGAUCUUAAAUUUUUCUAAUUACGAUCUUCGAAGGCUAAUUAAUUAAAUAUACUAAAAAUUGUGCCUUCUCGCCAGUGUUUUAUUAAAAAUACUAAUAAAUGAAGAAACUAAAAUACGAUAAGCCGAAAUUUCAAAUAAAUUAAUUAAUUAAUUAUUUUAAAAUGUAAUUACGAUUCAUGUUAAUGAAUUGUGAUGAAUAAUUAAUCAUUUUUAUGCUUAAACAUCGAUUUGUAAUUAAUUUUAUAUCAAACUUUAGUCCGCCGACAAAAUGGCGGCAGUUAAAUGCCAGAUCAUGGUCGGGUCUGGUUGGCGCGUAAAUUCAAAUUUUUUUGUUAUUUUUUUGUUAUCUUAUUGGAAUUUAAAAUAACGAGCCACGGUAUGCGCUAGUUUGUGAUUAUGUUUUUUUAUGCACCUUGAGAGUCUUACAUUUUUUUUACUCAUUUAAUUAUUAACUUUAAUUAAUAACGUACUAUAAUUAAUCACUUAUUUUAUUACUGUAAGACUUUUGAAGUCCGGAACUUAUUUACUAGCAUAUAUCGUGGCUCCACUAAAACAUUCCAAAGUAGCUAAAAAAAAGUAUGAAAUAAAAAAAAAAAAAAAAAGGAAUAAAUGAAAAAUAAAUAAAAAUAAAAGCGCGCAACUCAAAGCUCAAAUUGCGGCUCGCACGGAGGACCGAACGAAAAAAGGAUUCGCUUCUCCGGCGAGCUGGCGUCAUUAUAAAUAAUAAAUAUAUAUAAAUAUAUAUAUAUAUAUAUAAAUAUAAAUAUUAAUAAUAAAUAAAUCUAUAUAUAUGAGUAUAUAAAUAUAUAAACAAGUAUUUAUAUAUUUAUAUAAAAAUAUAUAUAAUUAAAUAAAUAUAGAUAUAAAAAAAAAAUAAUUAUAUACAUUUUUACGAUUCUUUAUACCAUUGUAAUCUCAAUUAAUUAGGAUUAAGAAACAACGUAUACCUGUACGAGAUUAAUUGUGAGAAUAAACUUGAAUUUAUUAUUUUAUCACUCAAAUAAUUUUUUUGUCCACUUAAUUAUAAAUAUAUAUAAGACAAAACAAAUCUACAAG